CUCAGUUUGCGAACUGCGAUGUUUUGGAUUGCUUGCCUGCUGACUGUUCCUAUUUGCGCUGCUGCCACAGCCCAGAAUGCCGAGGCGCUGCCCAACUCACGGCUGAUGAGCAACAUCCUCAGCUACGUGGCGGAGGAUUCCAGUGCGUGCGACAACUACUUCCAACAUGCCUGCGGCAAGUACUCGAUGCGCCACAUCGACGAUCCCUUCACGGAGAUCACCCAAAUGUUGGACCACAAGGUGAACGAACACCUCGUCCAACUGAUGGACGAACUGCAGCAGCGCUCCCAGUCAUCUGGCUUCAACGAGUCCAGUGUGGAGGCCAAGGCCCUGCGUUUUUACCGAACCUGCCUCGAAGGUCCGCAGAGUACACGCAAGAUGGUGCACUACCUUAGACUAACUUCUCCCGGCGAAGGAAUCACAUGGCCCCAGUUCAAGCCACGUGGUGUGCCCUGGCCCAAGGCUAACUUCAAGUGGAUGAAGGCCUUGGGGCACCUAUACCGCUACGGCUUUACCAAUGUUCUGGUGAACGUGUUGGUCUUGGAGAGCUUUGAGAACAAGAACCACCUCCUACUGUAUCUCAGCAUGCCCAGUUUUAAAGAAGACUCGCAGCGCUUGGGCAACUUUCUAAAUACCCUCGCCAUUCUACAUUCCAUGGGUGUGCCGAAGAAAAGCGUAUUACCCCUUGCGCGGAAGAUCAGAAGGCUGGAGGCCGCCGUAAAGGUCCUAACCGAAGGGUACGACGAUGAUAAUAGCGAGACUUGGACUCUGCGCCAGUGGGAGUACAAAACCGGCUACGCAUGGCAGGAUUUCGCCGAGUCCAUAGUUGGCCACAGUCUCUCACAUCAGUACGUGGUGCAGGCCCAACAUGCAAAGUACUUCACGGUCCUUAAGCGGCUGAUGGACUCCACAGAUCCCGAGGUGGUGGCCAACUACAUCAUGGCCCGAUUCGUGCUCUACCUCAUGGAGGACUCCAUGGACAGCAGUGAGCCCAUCGAUUGCGCCAAGGAUGUGCGCCGCACCAUGCACCUGGCAACGAAUCUGCUCUACGAGGAGCGCUUCCUGGACCCGGCGACACUGCAGAACUACACCCAGGAAGUUACGGAAGUCUUUAAUCAGUUGCGCCGCCAAUUUCUAUUGCAAAUCGGCAAGAAUCGCCUUGGGCUGACCAGUGAAGAGAAAAGAAUGGUGGCCACAAAGGUUCAGCAUGUCGUCCUCAACAUUGGAAACAUGCCAAGAGGACGUGAUCAUCGUAGCUUCGUCAGCCAGCACUAUGAGGAUCUUGUCUUUCCGCUCGCUGAUUUUGACUACGCACGGGAACAUCUUACCCUGCUGGAGUUCCGCACCAGGAAGAAGGUGGUACAACUUGACCAAGGUGCUCUGAGUCCCGAGGAGUUCUUUUACAUGGCGGAUCCUAAUUCGGCUAUGAGCUCCAGUCCCUACUACUUAAUCCGACAAAACGUCAUCGUUGUGCCACACGGAUUUCUGCAGGAGCCAUUAUUUGCAGCGGAUAGUCACGACAUAUUCAAGUACAGCCUGCUGGGAUUCGUCCUUGCCCAUGAGUUGAUGCACUCAGUCGACACCACAGGUCUUCAGUUUGACAGACACGGUAACCUACUCGAAAACGACCAGCAGAUCUCCAGUUCGCCGCGGUUCGAGGCGGGAGUGCAGUGCCUGAACCGGAACACUACUGAGUUUCUGAACGAGCGCAUUGCAGACAUUGCAGGACUGGACCUGGCCUACUCCACCUAUUUCCAGAACAACUCGCAGCGGAGUCAAACCGAUUUCACCACCAUUACGCCCCAACAGAUCUUCUUCCUCAAUCUGGCACAGUUCUUCUGCGGAAAUGUUGAUCCAAUGAACUUUGUUGAGCACGACAACGACCAAAUGCGUCUGCAGCAAAUGCUCAAUGGGUUCGCUCCGUUCCACCAGGCUUUUGGCUGUCCGGCAAUGGGCAAUCAGCCCGAAAAGUGUCAGCUGUGGUAACGCAUCCGAGCGGAUCUCCUUAUAGCCGUUGGACAUGGCAGGCAAUCUGAAUUUGAAUAUUAAAAUCGAAUAAAUC